AUGGAGAAGGAGACGACGGGUGAAGCGCGGGAGCGUGCAAAAUGGCAGUACUAUUAUGGCCAGUUGAAGACGCUGCUCAAGACGGACCCAGUGUUCAAGAUAUUAAGGCCCAAGGUGAUUGGUCCUCUGGAUAAGCCGAUCUCGGUCCCACUUCACGGGACCAACAAAGUCGACGAGAUCAAUGUGAUUUUGCAGAUGUUGGACGACAUGGGUAUCUGCCCUGACGCUUUUGAUGGAGAUGAACUGCUGAGUUGCAGCUUGGAACAGUUGAAGGACGCGGCGAAUGAGUUUGUAGAGAUCAUGAUAAUGCUGGUGGGCAAAGCGAAUACUCCUGAAGACAAGAUCGGGACGCCCUCGGGCUCGCUCCGUAAACACCCCGCAGGAUCGCCCCGCUACGCCUCGGAUGACUCCGAGAGCGAGUCAGAUGGAUCCAUCAGCAUUCGUCAGAUGUCUCUAGGACCAUCGGGUGGAAGGUUCUUAAAGGACAAGAUCGGACAAGCCAAGAUCGACGCCUAUAAGGGACAAGCCAAGAGCAACAUGCCGCAGAGAUCGGCCAAUACCCGCACUGGGCUGGAGGAUCAAGACGAGGGCGAUCUAAGUCGGUACUUCAAUUCAGCCAUGAAGAAGUACGAGGUGGAUCAACGUACAGCUCAGCGAAUGAAUCGACAGCCAAACCGCUACCCAGAUCGACGUACUUUGCUCCAACCUUCACACAAAAGCCUUGACAUGCCGGAUGUGGAGAUGGAGUCGGUGGGGUCGGACAUUUACCAACGUAUCCAUGAGGGGGCGGAAUACGACCCGGAUGAUCUAUGGAUGCCCGAACCACGGCGCCCUCAUGUAGCCGCGACCGGUGCGACUACCGGAGGGGGAAGCAUCACGCAGAGGAUCAGAAUCUCAGCGAUUUCUGAGCUAAAAGAAUUCUCAGGGAAGAAUCGGGAAGAAGACAAAGCACGGACCUGGAUCGGCAAAGUGAAAUCAGCGUUUAUCCGGGACCAAGCACCGGACGAGGAGAGAUGUCUGGUCUUCGGUGAUCUCAUGGUGGGCCCAGCCCGCUACUGGUACCGACAGCUGAGUAGAUCGACGAGAUUCAAUUGGAAAGAAUUGAUGAACAGUUUUCUUGUGGAGUAUGCGGGACACGGGAUGUCCGCGAGCAGGCAGUACUACCAUGCAAAAAAACGAUCGGAGGAAGAUCCUUUACAGUACCUGUAUCGGCUUAAUGUGAUGGGAAUGCAGGCGAAGAUACCGGUAAUGACUGGAUUGCCAGCUGCUCGCAAGGAACAUGUCAACCAUUUCAUUGACACCUUGGACGACCCCGAUCUGUCCAAUCAAUUGCUACUGCUGAAUGUAGAAGACGCGGAGGCCAUGCAAAAGACACUGUACGGAUAUCAACAAGGGAGAUCGCGUCAAGGGAAAGUGAUGAUGGGAUCGUCCAAAUUCAGGCAGAAGGGAACUCAGGGUCCAGCGCUGUCUAAGCCUGCACGAGCGGUAAGGAUGGUCCGUACCGAGGACGUCUGCAGCGAGUCAGGAUCGGACACCUGCGGAUCGGAUUUGGAAGAUCGAUUGAGAUCGAUCCAUGUGGCUGCUACUGCGGAUCGCCGUUCAUCCCCCAAUGACGUUGCAGCAAACGCGAGAUCGGUCGACCCGAACACUCGUCAAGACUAUCAAGAUCGCAAUAUGCCAUUGAAGCCGUGUACUCAUUGCGGAUCGACCAAGCAUGGAGAUCUCGGUUGCUGGAAGCGGCUCACUUGCCAGAAGUGUGGGCGUAAAGGACACCCCUCUGACAGUUGUUUUUUCGUGUGUCGUGCUUGCGGUGAGAUGCACGACCCGGGGAAGUGUCCCAUGGAGGAGUUCUACAACAUGAUCCGUCAGUGGUACGUCCCGAAUAAGCAUGCGGGGAUGCUACCAGAGAAGGCCGAGAAGAUGUUAAACUAG